GCCGGGGGGAACGGGAGGGCGGAGACUGCAGUCCACUCACGGGAAAGCGGAAGCUAGCGGACAAAAUGUUUCUGUUGUGAUGAGGCUUCAAACUUACUGUAUUAGUUGUUGCAAAAGGUUGCUUUAUUGACAGCGGAUUUCGGAUUGAUCCGAUUAUAAAUGAGAAUUACAGGCUACGUUUCACGGUGUCCUCCUCAAUAAGUGGCUAACUCCGAGUUAAAACUGAGAACGGGGAGAAAACGUGAGAGUAAUGUCGGCCAAAAUGAACGCAAUUAAAAGUAAAGACAGCGGAGAAGUUAUUAAAAACUACCAUAAGCAGGCGUUUGAGUAUAUAUCCAAAGCAUUAAGGAUUGACGAAGUUGACACAGGAGAAAAGGAGGAGGCUGUGCAGUGGUACAAGAAAGGGAUUGCUGAGCUUGAAAGAGGAAUUGCAGUAGAGCUCACAGGACAAGGAGAUCAAUAUGAGCGCGCAAAGAGACUUCAAGAGAAAAUGAUCACCAAUCUCACCAUGGCCACAGAUAGGCUUGCUCUGUUAGAGGCAACACUGGCAUCUAAAAGGGCUAGUGAUCCCAAGAAGACCUCAAAUCAUGUUCCCCCACAACCAAAGCCUGUAUCUAAAAGUCAGCCUGCAGUGCGAGGUUUGUCCACCAACAGCAGGCCCUCCACUGCUGUCAGACACCCACCUAGACCCACUGAUCCAAAGGUAACCUCACGGACAGGAAAAGCUCAGAAUGGGAAACCUGCUGCUCUGAAACAGCCCCUGAAGAGGGAUAUGAAAAACUUCAAGAACGUGGACAGCAAACUGGCCAGCUUGAUUCUGAAUGAAAUAGUUGACCGUGGAGCCUCUGUGUCCUUUGAAGACAUUGCAGGACAGGAACUGGCCAAGCAAGCACUCCAAGAGAUUGUCAUCCUCCCUGCCUUAAGACCAGAGCUCUUCACCGGCCUGAGAGCUCCAGCGCGUGGCUUGCUUUUAUUCGGCCCUCCCGGAAAUGGGAAAACCAUGCUGGCCAAAGCAGUCGCAGCUGAGGCAAAUGCCACAUUUUUCAACAUCAGCGCCGCCAGUUUGACCUCCAAAUAUGUGGGAGAGGGCGAGAAGCUUGUUCGAGCACUGUUUGCAGUUGCCAGAGAAUUACAGCCCUCUGUCAUCUUUAUCGAUGAAGUUGACAGCUUGCUCUGUGAAAGGAGGGAGGGAGAACACGAUGCCUCUCGGCGAUUAAAAACCGAGUUCCUCAUUGAGUUUGAUGGGGUGCAGUCAGGAGGGGAUGACAGGGUGCUUGUAAUGGGAGCGACCAACAGGCCUCAGGAGCUCGAUGAAGCAGUACUGAGGCGCUUUGCAAAAAGGGUUUAUGUGGCUCUGCCGGACACAGAGACAAGAUUGACACUGUUGAAAAAUCUUUUGGCCAAGCACGGGAAUCCACUGAGCCAAAAUGAGCUAUCCUCUCUCGCAAAAGCAACUUCAGGAUAUUCAGGAAGUGACCUCACAUCGUUAGCCAAAGAUGCUGCGCUCGGGCCUAUAAGAGAGUUGGGACCCGACCAAGUCCGAAGUAUGGCUGUUAGUGAGAUGCGUAACAUCAAGAUGAAAGACUUUGAGGAGUCCCUGAAACGCAUUAAGCCCAGCGUUAGCCCAGCAACUCUUAAUGUGUAUACUAAAUGGAACAAAGAUUUUGGUGACACAACAGCUUUUUAAACAGCUUUUUAGACUAAACUUUUAAACAUCAUUUUCACUUACGAAGUAAAAAGAGUGAAAAUAGUCGAAUCUACGGGUACGAGUUCUUAUGAAAACAAAUAAACUGAAAAAAUGUGGAACGAACACUUUGUAUAAUCUUUGCUAGUAAGGUUUGUAUAGGCUUCCUUAGUGUAUUAUUACACUCCUAAAGCACUGCCUUGCUGCUUGAAAUUUCAUUAUUUAUUCUUAAAAAUGUUCUGGAAAAUUACUAGUGAUGACCCAGGGGGUCAGCAAGUUUCUGUGAAUCCUGACCUCAUUGAUCUGUUAGUUACCUGAUGUAUUGACAUGUUGAUGGUAUUGAUCACGAAGUGCUGUAUUUGUACACAUGCAAUAAUAAUUGGGAGAAGAUUUGCCAGACUGGGUGCUUUUGUACUAAAAGUUUUUUGAUUAGUUCCUGUAGUUUGUAGAUACAAAUACUAUAUUUGAAAGUUGGAUACCUAAUGAUUUAUUGUGUUCACCAGCACCAGCUCUUUUUAUUUUUCAAUAAAAGUUUUGACAAGUUGAAAAGUAAUUCACUGACCAAACCUAUAAUGGUUUCCCACUGUCCUCAUGCAUCAAUAAAUAUAUUCAUUAAAGUU